GUUUUGAAAAAAAAAUUUGAUAUCUUUUUGGGUAAUGUUUUUCUUUUUUCUGGUUGAUCAAUUGAUAACACACAUAUAUAAUGUUUACGAAAUAGUAAAUACGUAAACAUCAUCAUCAACAACAACAACAACCGAGUACAUUAUAUAUUUGAAAAAAAUUGUUUAUUUAGUUUUGUAAAAAAAUCUUUUCCUAUUUCAUUCGAAUCAUCGUUGUUAUUAUGAAACAUAGAUGUUUUAUGAAUUGAAAUUUUUAUAAUUCGAAAGAAUUAACAACAACAACAACAACAACAACAAAAAAAGAAGAAGAAAAAAUGAUUUUUGAUCUUGAAAAUUGUAACGAUUCCAGUGAAAAUUGUCUACAACCGGAACAACAACAACAACCCGAACAAUCGAAUGAUGAACAAUUACAUUGUUUACCCGGUACAUCAUCAUCAUGCACACCAUCUUGUUCAAGAACAAUCGAAUCACGAAGACAAUCACGAACAAAUUUAUCAACAACAAUCAAUAAUAAUCUACAAUCAACAACACCAAUCAUAUCGGCAACAUCACAAAAAAGAUUCGAAUUAUUUGAUCGUAUUAAACAAUUUUAUUCAAUAUUAUUAAUGAUGGCUAUACUUUUAACAUUGAUACGUUUAACAACAUGGAUUGGUACAACAACAUCAACAGAUCAUCGUCAUAAUUAUUAUCAACAAUAUUUAAAUUCAAUAAAAUUUAAUAAAAAUUUCACAGCAACAACAACAACAAAAAAUCAAUUGGAAUUGUCAACAAUUAAACAUCAUCAACAAUAUCAACAACGAAAUAAUGAUGAUGAUAGAAAUAAAACUGAACAACAACAACAACAACAACAGGAAAAUGAUAAAUUGGAAAUUGUUUUACAACGACAAAUUAUACAGCAAACAAAAAUAAUUGAUUGUGCAACAUUUUUCCUAUAUUUAAUGUCAUUAUAUGGUGUUUAUAAUGAAAAUUAUACAUUAUCAUCAACAACAACAAUAUCGAUGAUUUUUAUGUUGGUUAUAAAAUUAUAUCUAAUAUUAUUUGAUCCGAUUUUAAUUUGGUGGAAAAUUUUUCAUCUAAUCAUACCGAUUAUCAUAAUAAUUGUAUCAUUAAUUUAUCUAAUACAAUUGGAUUAUUUACUUAAAUUUUAUGAUACAUUAUUUCCAACACCGACACAACAAUUUUCAACAACUGAAUCAAUUUAUUCGGAUCAAGAACGUCGUUUACAUCAAUUAGCUAUUGCAAAUCAUCAAAAAGAUUUUCAUACAACAACAAUUAAAUUAAAUGAUUUUCCACCAUCAUAUCAGGAAGCACUUGAUUGUCCAUUACCAAAAUAUUCAACAGAAAAUAAUAAUAUUUCAAUUGAUAUUGAUUCGAAAAAUGAAAAUGAUGAUCAAGAUGAAGAUGAUGAAAAUUCUCAAUCAAAUACAAAUGAAAAAAUCGAAUCUGUUUAAAAUUUUGUUAUUCAUUCAUUGAUUAUCCAUUUGGGCAAAAAAAAUCGUGUUCUUUUCAAUGUCAUCAUUGAUCUCUAGUCAUCGAUUAUUGGUUAUCCAAUUUUUGGAAUCAAAUCAA